CUAAUAAACAUCAGUUGAACAUACACAUAGAGUAGUUAACAAUAAAAAAAAUUUAUAACAAAGUCAAUUGAAAUUGAUAUAAAAGUAUAUAGAGCAAUAUGAAAACUUCAGUAUUUCAACUGGCACAAAAAAUGAAUUUAAAAACCGAUCUUUGCCGGAAGAACUCUGUAAUAGAGGAGAUUCCUAAAGAACUAAUGAUUAAACUUAGCCAUUCCCAAAAAAAAACUACUAAAACAAAAAAUGACAAAAUUGAAAAAUUAUGGAAAAUGCUUAGCGCAUAUAUUCCCGUUACAACAGAUGCUAUUCAGGCGAGUAUCAUUAGCCAUGUGGAAUAUACACUGGCUAAAACUCGGUACAAUUUUAGCAACGAAGAUUGUUACAGAGCUACAGCGUACACGCUUCGGGACCGACUUAUUGAAAGUCUAAACGACACACUCGAGUACUUCUACAAUGAAGAUGUCAAGGUUUGUUACUACAUGUCUUUGGAGUAUUUACUAGGAAGAGCGAUGCAAACGGUUUUAAUUAACUUGAAUAUUGAGAAAGAAUAUCAACAAGCACUUGAAGAAUUAGGAUAUGAUCUCCAAGAGCUUUAUAAACAUGAGCACGAACCUGCAUUAGGAAACGGGGGUUUAGGAAGGCUGGCUGCUUGCUACAUGGACUCUAUGGCGACUUUAGAUUAUCCUUGCUGGGGUUACGGGUUACGGUAUACUUAUGGGAUCUUUGAGCAAAAAAUUGUCAAUGGUUAUCAAGUUGAGUAUCCAGAUUAUUGGCUCGUGAGUGAGAACCCUUGGGAAAUUUGUCGAUAUAAUACUGCGUAUUGUGUUCGAUUUUUUGGAGAAGUGUUAAGUUCCUUAGAUCCAAAAUCUGGCGAAAGAGUUCACUCAUGGGUAGGAGGGACUGCAGUUGAAGCACUAGCGUAUGAUACACCUAUACCGGGGUAUCGAACAAGAAACUGUAUCAAUUUACGCCUAUGGAAAGCAACCCCGUGCCAUGAAUUUGAUUUUGAAUCUUUUAAUUCUGGAAAUUAUAUGGAAUCAGUUAGAGAGCGACAAGCCGCAGAAGCUAUUUCUGCAGUUUUGUAUCCAAAUGAUAACACAGAUGAAGGAAAAGUACUACGAUUACAACAACAAUAUUUCUUUGUGUGUGCGACACUUCAAGAUAUUUUAAGAAGGUUCAAAAAACAAAAAAUUGAACGCGAUUGGAAUGAAUUGCCUGAAAAAAUAGUUAUUCAAUUGAACGACACACAUCCAUCUCUUGGAAUUCUUGAACUGAUGCGAAUUCUUGUGGAUGUUCAAAAUCUUAAAUGGAGUGAAGCUUGGAGUAUUACGAAAAAAGUGUUUUGUUAUACAAAUCAUACAGUACUUCCAGAGGCUUGUGAGCGCUGGUCUCAAACUAUUUUUGAACGAUUGUUACCCAGACAUCUUAUCAUUUUGAAUGACAUUAAUUUUCAAUUUCUCAUUGAAGUUCGAUCUGUUCUUGGAGAAGACACGCCAUGUUUAUCGAGAAUGUCAAUAUACGAAGAAGGUUAUCCUAAAAUUCUUCGUAUGUGUAAUUUAGCAGUAAUUGGAUCUCGUAAAGUCAAUGGUGUAGCUCAGCUCCACACAGAGUUACUUAAAAAAAGUCUAUUUAAAGAUUUUAACGAUUAUUACAUAAAGUCUGGGAAAAGUGACAAGUUUCUAAAUGUAACGAACGGUGUCACACUUCGCCGAUGGGUUCACAUGUGUAAUCCCGAUCUUUCUAAUCUUAUAACUGAAUAUUUAAAAACGGAGGCAUGGCUUUUAGAUGGUAGCUUAUUGAUUGGACUAAAAGAAUUUAUCGACAAUGAAACAUUCAUGAGUCAGUGGCAAAAAGCCAAGUUAGAAAGAAAGAAAGCAUUGGCUGCACUCGUGAAACAAGAAUGUAAUAUUGACGUGGACCCUGAAACAAUGUUGUUUGAUGUUCAUGUAAAACGGAUUCAUGAAUAUAAAAGACAACUGUUGAAUAUCCUAUAUUUACUUCAUCGUUAUCUUACCUUGAAAUCUUUACCACCCGGGGAACGUUCAGAACGCUUUGUACCCCGUUGUUGUAUUUUCGGUGGCAAGGCUGCUUCUGGAUAUGUGACAGCAAAAACGAUAAUAAAAUUUAUUCAUUGUGUGGCUGAUAUUGUCAAUAAUGAUGAAGAGGUUUCUAAUUUAUUAAAGGUUGCAUUUAUUCCGAAUUAUAAUGUCUCAUCGGCAAUGAUAAUUAUUCCAGGAGCUGACAUUGGACAUCAUAUUUCAACAGCCGGAACAGAAGCCUCAGGAACAUCGUGCAUGAAGCUAGUCUUGAAUGGAGGAAGAAUUCUUGGAACACUUGAUGGUGCCAAUAUAGAAAUUCAGGAAGAGUGCGGAAAAGAAACUCUUUUUAGUUUUGGGUUGACGUUUGAGUCUGUUCACGUAGAACGUUUAAAAGCUCAAAAAGGAGAAUACUCUAUAAGCCAAGAAUUAAGACAAGUGCUUGAGUUUAUUCAUCGGCGAGCAAGCGUUUACACGACUGACGAUGCGUUCCAUAAAUUUAUUCAUUUAUUCAACAACCUUUCUUGUAAUGGUGGAGGACAAAUCGGUGACUUCUAUCUCGUUUAUCGAGAUUUUAAUGACUUUUGCCGUGUACAAGAUGAAGUUGAUACCGAGUAUCGCAACAAGGUCUUGUGGAACCGUCUUUGUAUCAAGGCUUGCUCUCACAUGGGCAAAUUUUCUUCGGAUCGAUGCAUUCAAGAAUACGCAAAAAACGUUUGGGACUUAAAGCCAUGCCGCUUACCCUCUAGAACAGACUAGCUAAUUGCCGUAGAGCAAAAAAAGUUUUGUAACCGAUUUCGAAAAGAAUGUUACAUGGUGCAAAUUGAUGUAUUUUGAAAAAGUAGAUGAUUUGAGUUUGAAUUUCUAAAAGUAACUAGGUUGUCACAAUAGUAUGAAUUUGCGAAUGUUGCAUGAUAUUUCUUAUACAAAAAACAGUAAAAUUGCAACAGUACUCAAAAACAAAUAAACCUUGAAUUUUUCUUAAAAGU